UCAUCUAACAAAAACUAUGAAUUUGGUUGUAUUGGCAUCAAAACGAAUGUUUUUUUGGGUUAAUCGAUUAGAGGACUAUUGUCUCCGGGUGCGCUCUCCAGUAACUGUUGCUGCUAAUUUCUCCUCUACUAAUCAAAGUCUCCUGGUAGAGAUACAUAAACAAAGAUUAUAGAGAUCACAUAACAUGGCAGUAGCAGCAGCAGCAUCACUUCUGGCAAAAGCGGCAGACAGGGCACAACCAAGUAUCCGGCGGCAAGCCCUGAGCUUGACUGACAUGGCAGCGAACCGUGUAAGCCAGCUCCUGGAACAUCGAAACCGCCCAUUCCUCCGCCUUGGUGUCAAGGCUCGUGGGUGCAAUGGUUUGUCUUACACCCUCAAUUAUGCUGAUGAGAAGGGGAAGUUUGAUGAGGUUGUUGAGGACAAAGGAGUGAAGAUCCUUAUUGAUCCUAAGGCCCUAAUGCAUGUUAUAGGAACAAAAAUGGAUUUUAUUGAUGACAAACUCAGGUCCGAAUUUGUUUUUAUAAAUCCAAACUCUAAAGGGCAGUGUGGAUGUGGAGAAUCAUUUGUUACAACUAGUAGACGCAGCUAGAUCUUAAACGAUUGAUUUCUUUUUUUGAUUUUGGGUUGGUUGUUGUACCUUCUUGUUGACAACAAGAGAAAAUGUUCAGUCUUUAAGUAUAUUUAAAUAAUGUACAUUCAUUUGGUGAUCACUGAAUCUCAGCUGGUUGUAAAUAAUGAAAAUUGGCCUAAGUUAUAAUUUUGGUUAA